AUGGCUGAUCGUGGAGAUGAUCCCGUCGUCCAGUCGAGAGUCCAGGGGCGGCCAUUCCUGUAUUCAUGGAACCGACGCCUGCGUCAUCUACACGGAAUCUCUUUGCGAAAUAUCCAUGUAACCUCAAGCAGCCCUAAGCUGCAGGGCAAGACGACUACCGACGAUGACGCCCCCUACAAUCUUGUUACCUCAACCAAGCGCGUGUUGCAGGAACACUCCAAUCCGUCGCAUCUAACCCACUCGCGUUCAUUCACAAACCUCCCCACCGCAAUCGACCAGGCUGCAAUGGCCGGCGGGCCCCAGAGGGCUGCCACUUCCUUCGAGAGAAAUGAGACAGGACAAGCCAGGCCUGGCGGAGCGAGACUCCGCAGAAGAAGCACCCUACACUGGGCAACAACGAGUCCCCGUGUCCGUCAGUCGACGCUGGAAGAUAUGGUUGUCAAGCGCCUAGCCGAUACAUGGGUGUCAGUUCAUUGUCCAGGCAUCCCCGAACCUGUGUACAUCAGCGAGAUCAUAGAAAAAUCCAUGAAUCCGAGCUUUGCAUUCUUCGAUUUGGACAGCAGCGGGCCGCGAAUAUCAAGAUCGGACGAGUGUACCAUUCGAAUUUGGGCCAGGCCCUCCAAGACAGAAGACUAUUGCCUGCUUGUUGAAUUGAACCUGAACCUACGGUCUUUGCAAUUCAUUGGACGAAGCCUGGAGAACUUCCAUCACCCGUUGCCUCAAAAUUGCAUCUUGCUACAUCUGUCUGAUGGAAUCUACACCAGCUUCACAGAUUUACCUGCUGAGCCCCAUCCCACCGUCGAGCAUUCAGUUGAUCACAGAGCCGGCACCAGCAAACCGGGCUCUACGUUCGACGCCCUCAUGCAGCUCGCGAAUUUAGAUGAGUGUAUCCAGGAUGCUGUCAAUGUACGCUCGCAACUUGAGGAGGACAUCAACAGAGUCCUUGCGGAGGCACGCGUUCUCACGGUAGAUGACGAAGAAGAACCCGAAAUCGAUAACGACAACCCUUUGGCAAAGGCGGCGUUGGCGGCAGAGCAAAAACAACUCAGGCAGUUAAAGAAACGGCGAGAAGAAUUGCAGGAAUCUCUGGAACAGCGGAGAUGUGCUCUUGCCGUGGGGCGUGAUGCCGAAUUCAGAUGCAGGACUUUGGUCGAAGGAAGAGCAAAGGAGUCCAAAGAGCUCGAAACUCGGCUUGAACAGAUUGCAAGAGAUUCCAAUGGACAGAUUAGACGAAUAUGCGAGUCGCUCCUUGCAAUCUUCCCCAUCGAACCGCUCAAGAAUCGGACACUUCAAUUCACCAUCCGCGGCAUCCACCUGCCCAAUUCGGUUUACAACGACACAAACCGAGAUGAGAUUGCCGCAGCUCUUGGUUAUACUGCGCAAUUGGUGCAUCAGUUGGCGCUCUACCUGUCCGUUCCUUUACCAUACCCAAUUGAGCCAUAUGGGUCAGCUUCGUACAUCUCUGAUGUGAUAUCAAUCGGGCUCAGCCAACGAAGAUACCCUCUGCAUCCGACCACCGUCCCAUACAAGUUUGAAUAUGGAGUCUUCCUGCUGAACAAGGAUAUUGAGUUUCUUAUGAACCGACGAGGUCUGAGGGUUCUUGAUAUUCGGCACACGCUUCCGAAUCUCAAGUACCUACUUUACGUAUUGACUGCAGGUCCAGGAGACAUGCCAUCGCGGAAAGCUGGUGGUGUUAGAGGAUUAAUGAGCGGUCGCGUGACACCAGAAAUACUACGACGAGCUAGCGAAGACAGUGUCCGGAGUCUGCCGCUACCGCUGAAACCAGAAUCCGAUAACAUGAAGACUGACGGGACUGUCGUUGGCAGCAGAGAAAAAGAUGCCGAUCCCUUUGUAACAACAUCACCGGCGGUGGGCCUGCCAUACCGACAAGGCUUCUCUGGAACAAGGAACAGAUGA